AUGGACACAGAACAGGAGUCUAAAUGGAAUGCAGCACAUAUUGUAGACAGAAACUGUUGGCUUUAUCAAGGCCAGGCAUUGCAAUGGGCAAUCUAUAGGUACAAUGCAUGUUGGCUUCCAUUGCUUGCUAAACAUUCAGAGUCUAAAAUCACUGAAGGACCUUUAGUUGUUCCUCUUGAUUGUGAAUGGAUUUGGCAUUGUCACAGACUUAAUCUGGUUAGAUACAAAUCAGAUUAUGAAAAAUUCUAUGGAAGUAUUCUUGACAACUCUAAUGUUGUCUCUUCUAUUAAUCAAAGAACAUCAAGAAAGGAAAUAGAAGAAACAUGGAACAAAUUAUACCCUAAUGACCCUAUGAGUAUGACAUGUCACGUGCUUCCUCAAGUGAAUUUUGAGAAACUUUAUAUAAUGGAGGAACUCAAAGCUUUUCCAAAUAUGAUUUUGUUUUAG